AUGCCUGAGGCAAAUCACUCAAUAACAACUGAAUUUAUCCUCAUGGGGUUUACAGAUCACCCAGAUUUGAAGGCCAUUCAGUUUGUGAUGUUCUCUGCCAUCUAUCUGGUCACCAUGGUGGGGAAUCUAGGGUUGGUGGCCUUGAUUUACAUGGAGUGCCGUCUUCACACACCAAUGUAUAUCUUCCUGGGCAACCUGGCUCUCAUGGACUCCUGCUGUUCCUGUGCCAUCACUCCCAAGAUGUUAGAGAACCUCUUUUCUGAGGACAGAAGGAUUUCCCUCGAUGAGUGCAUGGCACAGUUCUAUUUUCUCUGUUUUGCUGAGACUGCAGACUGCUUUCUUCUGGCAGCAAUGGCCUAUGACCGCUAUGUGGCCAUAUGCAGACCUCUGCAGUACCACACCCUGAUGUCAAAGAAACUCUGCAUUCAGAUGACCACAGGAACCUUCAUAGCUAGUAAUCUGCAUUCUAUGAUUCAUGUAGGACUUCUAUUAAGGCUAACUUUCUGCAGGUCUCAUCAGAUUGAUCUUUUCUGUGAUAUCCUUCCACUUUAUAGACUAUCCUGUACUGAUCCUUUUAUUAAUGAACUAAUGAUAUAUAUUUUUUCAAUGCCAAUUCAGAUCUUUACCAUUUCCACUGUUCUGAUCUCUUAUUUUUGUAUUAUUAUUGCAAUUUUCAAAAUGAACUCCAAGGAGGGGAGAGGUAGAGCAUUUUCUACUUGUGCAUCCCAUUUUCUCUCAGUCUCUAUAUUCUACAUUUGUCUCCUCAUGUAUAUUCGGCCUUUUGAAGAAGGUGAUAAAGAUAUACCAGUGGCAAUUUUUUAUACAAUAGUAAUUCCCCUUUUAAACCCUUUUAUAUACAGCCUGAGAAAUAAGGAGGUGAAAAAUGUACUUAAAAAUGUUCUGCAGUCUUAUAACAUUCUUAAACCAACUUCAUUCCCUGUAGCAAAUUAA